AUGGACGAAGCAACGCAACGCGAACUGAAUACUUUCGUUGAACAAGAACAAGCCAAGGCCAAGUUGCAAUCUUCUACACACACAUUUACGGAAAUGUGCUGGAACAAGUGCAUUACUGGCUCAAUUAGUUCCCGCUUCUCAAAGUCUGAGGAGUCUUGUUUGGUGAACUGCGUUGACCGAUUCCUUGACACAUCAUUACACAUUGUUAAAGCAUUGGACCACCAAAGGCAACAAAUGCAACCUCAAUAG